CCCGAGCGGGGAAGCAGCCGAGGAGGCGGCGCGGCGGGCCCGGGCGGCCCAGGCUCGGGCGGAGCGGCAGGGGAGGCUGGCAGGCGGCGCCGGCAGCGCGGGGAGAGCGGCGCCGCGGGGUGGGCGCUCCCGGCGAGAGGAGUCCGCUCCAUGCGUGCGGGCCGAGCCCGGCCCCUGCGAGCCGCAGACAUGAAGAAAGACGUGCGGAUCCUGCUGGUGGGAGAACCUAGAGUUGGGAAGACAUCACUGAUUAUGUCUCUGGUCAGUGAAGAAUUCCCAGAAGAGGUUCCUCCCCGGGCAGAAGAAAUCACCAUUCCAGCGGAUGUUACACCUGAGAGAGUUCCAACACACAUUGUAGAUUACUCAGAAGCAGAACAGAGUGAUGAACAACUUCAUCAAGAAAUAUCACAGGCUAAUGUCAUCUGCAUAGUUUAUGCUGUUAACAACAAGCAUUCUAUUGAUAAGGUAACAAGUCGAUGGAUUCCUCUCAUAAAUGAAAGAACAGACAAAGACAGCAGGCUGCCUUUGAUAUUGGUUGGGAACAAAUCUGAUCUGGUGGAAUAUAGUAGUAUGGAGACCAUUCUUCCUAUUAUGAACCAGUACACAGAAAUAGAAACCUGUGUGGAGUGUUCAGCAAAAAACCUGAAGAACAUAUCAGAGCUCUUUUAUUAUGCACAGAAAGCUGUUCUUCAUCCUACAGGGCCUCUGUACUGUCCAGAGGAGAAAGAGAUGAAACCAGCCUGUAUAAAAGCCCUUACUCGUAUAUUUAAAAUAUCUGAUCAAGAUAAUGAUGGUACUCUCAAUGAUGCUGAACUCAACUUCUUUCAGAGAAUUUGUUUCAACACUCCAUUAGCUCCUCAAGCUCUGGAAGAUGUCAAGAAUGUAGUCAGAAAACACAUAAGUGAUGGUGUGGCUGAUAGUGGAUUGACACUGAAAGGUUUUCUUUUUUUACACACGCUUUUUAUCCAGAGAGGGAGACACGAAACUACUUGGACUGUGCUUCGGCGAUUUGGUUAUGAUGAUGAUCUGGACUUGACACCUGAAUAUUUAUUCCCCUUGCUAAAAAUACCUCCUGAUUGCACUACUGAAUUAAAUCAUCAUGCAUAUUUGUUUCUCCAAAGCACCUUUGACAAGCAUGAUUUGGAUAGAGACUGUGCUUUGUCACCUGAUGAGCUUAAAGAUUUGUUUAAAGUUUUCCCUUACAUACCUUGGGGGCCAGAUGUGAAUAACACAGUUUGUACAAAUGAAAGAGGCUGGAUAACCUACCAGGGCUUCCUUUCCCAGUGGACGCUCACGACCUAUUUAGAUGUACAGCGGUGCCUAGAGUAUUUGGGCUAUUUGGGCUAUUCAAUAUUGACUGAACAAGAGUCUCAGGCUUCAGCCAUUACAGUAACAAGAGAUAAAAAGAUAGACCUUCAGAAAAAACAGACUCAAAGAAAUGUCUUCAGAUGUAAUGUAAUUGGGGUGAAAAACUGUGGGAAAAGUGGAGUUCUUCAGGCUCUUCUUGGAAGAAACUUAUCGAGGCAGAAGAAAAUUCGUGAUGAUCAUAAGUCCUACUAUGCGAUUAACACUGUUUAUGUAUAUGGACAAGAGAAAUACUUGUUGUUGCAUGAUAUCUCAGAAUCGGAAUUUUUAACUGAGGCUGAGAUCAUUUGUGAUGUUGUGUGCCUGGUAUAUGACGUCAGUAACCCCAAAUCCUUUGAAUACUGUGCCAGGAUUUUUAAGCAACACUUUAUGGACAGCAGAAUACCUUGCUUAAUCAUAGCUGCAAAGUCAGACCUGCAUGAAGUUAAACAAGAAUAUAGUAUUUCACCUGCUGAUUUCUGCAGGAAACACAAAAUGCCUCCACCACAAGCCUUUACUUGCAAUACUGCUGAUGCACCCAGUAAAGAUAUCUUUGUUAAAUUGACAACAAUGGCCAUGUACCCAGAGGAUCAAUACAGAGACAGACUCUCCCGAGACAUGGGCCACACUGAUAGAAUAGAGAAUUUGAGAAAAAUCUGGGUCUUUCUAAAAACUGCUUUCCAUGCCCGGUUACGCUGUAUGUGCACCUGCAACAGGUGUACAUUUUGCAUCUGUCAGAACUUCCUCAACUCAGACUUGCUGCAAUCUGUAAAGAACAAAAUCUUCACUGCAGUUCUUAACAGUUUUAGUCCUGCCCUUUAGAACAACACACGACUAUUCUACUCCCUCUUCAACAUAGCAAUCCUUCAGACAUUUGAAGACGGCCAUCAUGUCUCCCCUAAUUUUCUCUUCUCCAGGUAGAACAUCCCCAUUUCUUCCAGCCUUUUCUUAAAUUAGAUGGUUUAGUGACCUCAUCAUUCCUGGUUGUCCUCAUCUGAAAGCCCCGUAGGUUUUCAGAGUACCUCUUAAAAGGUGCCACUGAGAAUGUAGAACAGUGCUCCAAGUGUGGUCUGACUAGCCUGGAACGGUGGGCAGUCAUGUUCCACAGUUAGGACGGCACCUGUCUACUGUAUGAAUUAACUUUUCAGCAGCCCCCUCCCACUGUUGAUGUAUAUUAAUCUUGGGGUUAAUUGAAAUCAAAUUUUUUCAUAUGAAGUGCUAUUAAGGCAGUGUCCCUUCCUCUCUAAUUGUGUAUUUAACAUUUUUAGUUGACUCUCUGAAUCUAAAUGCAGAUACGUAUGUAUCUCUAUUAAAUGUCAUAUUCUUCUUUUUGAUCCAUUUGUUCUAGCUCAGUCAUUUCAAACAUUAUUUCUGUCAUUUGUCCCAUUAUCUCUCUCUCUCAGCAUUGUGUUAUUUGCAAAUUUGGUAGAUCUGUCUUCUGUAUCUUUCAAGUUAUUGAUAAAAAAUAAUAUUAAACACUCAGAGAUUGGAGAGAGAGAGAACUAAAGUGAGGAAGCCCUACUCUUCUCCACUGGAGAACCCUUUUCCCGGUGACACGGGUUCAGGAUUCUUGGGGAAAGAUUAUUCUGUCAAUUAAGAAUAUUUUAUUAUCCAGCCCAUAUUUUACCUUGUUAUCUUACAAGAGAUUUCAUGGAGGGCUUUUUUGAAAUCAAUAUAUAAUUAUUACCACAUUCCUCUGAUGUGCUAAUGUAGUAAUUUUACCUAAUGAGGAAGUGGUAUCUAUUUGAUGUCUUAUUCUUGGUGAACCCACCUUGGCUCCUAGUAAUUGCUGAUCAUGAACUAUUUAAUUUAUUCUAGAAGCUCUUAAUUGUCCAUAAUUGCAGAUUGAUUCAUUGUCUGCAUCUUUGAUAAUUUUAUUCUUGGGUUGAUUUAGUCAGCUUCCCAAUGAAAUAGGUUGGGUGUGCAUUAAUGGAUGAGCUUGCUCAUAGUGAAUUACUCUGUACAGUGAUCCUCGAAAUCAGUACAUUUUGUCAUAUCCAUUUAUAAGCUAGAAGUAAUGUAAUCGUAAUGUCAGCAUGCAUCACUGACAUCUGGUAAUCAAGAAUGGAAAGAAUGAAACAGAGGAGGGAAACUAGUGUACCUGUCAAAGGACUCCUUCCUGAUCCCUGGGAGUAUUUCAAUAAUUUAUUUUGUAGAAGUACAGUAGAAAUUUAGGAGUUCUGUAUUGAAGUUUCUUCUGGUUUACAAAAGGAUGUAGAUAAGGUGGGUGGAGUGGAGGCCCAAAACUUACGUGCCUGCCAGGUCUGAAUGAAUAGUGUAAAUGAAUGAAGGUGGCUAACGAUAAGAAGUAAGGGAGGUGGGGACUAUGAUAGGCCCUGCCCGAAAGACGCAGCCACAACUCGGCUUUGGCCAUUCGUUGUUGUCCAGGCCUGGUGUUACCACAUCUUCUGAUUCUAUGAGACGCUAGAAAUCAGGAUUUUUAUGUGAAAUUUCCUGAUAUUUGAGUAAUGGCAAUUAAAUUUUAAAGUACUAAUCAGAACAAACAAAGCGUGUUUACAGGCCACCAGUUUGCAACCUCCGUCUUUAGAUAUAGUGUAGAGUUGUGAAAAUGAAGAAAAAAAAAGUAUACCUAAGCAAUGAAAAUGUCUCUGAGACCCUUUGCCCCUCCAAUUUUACUCCUUUCUCCUGAAAAAUUUGAAAAAGUUAUGGAGUGGCUGGAUAAGGCUGGAACUACCUUUCCCUCCUGUUUUUCGGGCUUGGCAGCCUUUGGUGGUUGGACCUUUGGUUUGCCAUGCUGGGGAUAUCUUGCUGUUAUGUAAGCAGAAAAAGGAUUGAUUGAUUAAGAGGCGUUUAAGAAAUUUUCACUGUAAUUCAGUGGGGAGAAUUCUCACUCAACACUAGCUCUGAAGUCUUUGGUUUUAGAAAUCUGUCAUGCCUAGUGACUUAGAACUUAUUUAAUUCUCGAUUUAGAACUGUUUGUUAAAACAGCAGUUUUAAAAUUUUUAUUUAAGCAAAACAUUUUAUUAAAUAUCUGCAAGGAUAUUAAUAGACAAAUAUUGGUGCACACAUGUUGGUCUCAAAUUAGCACAUUGUUUUUGUGUGCUUGUAAACAUUUUUGUCACUGAAUUAGAAACUACUUCCAGAGAUAAUACAUGUUUGAGACCACAUUCUCCCUUUACCUCUCCCCCCCCCUUUUGAUUUAUUCACUCAAAUACUUAAUUUAAGUACCUGCUUUAGAUAGGAUCCUGCUGUGAGCUGGGGCAAAAUAGUGAAGAUGAGGAAGAUAUGGACCUCCCUUUAAGUAUCUUUCUAAAUGUGUUGUUGUUAAAGAUUUUUCUUUAACCUUUGGUUAUAUUUUCAACUACUGUAGUCCCUUGUGCUAAAAAAGGAAGUGCUAUAACCUGAUCAUGAGAAAAUUUAAGCCUAAUUAAUUAAGUUAUACUUAGGCAGUUACAGCAGAUUCAUUCCUGAAAUUUUCCUUUUUUCCCUAGCUAUCUGUCUUUCACCAGAAAAGAUUGUCCCUUUUUUUGAGCAUAUUUACUGACACUACAUAGUUUAGGUAGAAAGCAGUAAUAAAAUUUUUUUUCUUUCCAAUUUAAUUGAAUGUAUAUUGAUUUCAACAUGUGAGAGAGAAACUCUGUAUCUGACAUGUAGCUUUUUGUUCUUUGGUAAUUAUCGCUUAACCUUUCAGAUCUGGAUAGGUUUAUGUUCUUCUUGAGAAUAAUUUCUGAAUAACUGGAAUUAUUUGAAUUAAAUACAUUUGGAAGAUGAUUAACGUGGUCAGAUGAUUUUAAUCUUUGGCAAUGUUUUAUUUCAAAUAGUGUAAAUCAUGUUGCUGGGGAAAAUAACUUUUUUAAUAUGUAAAUACUUUUUAAUCUGAAAGUGUUAAAAUGAUUAUGUAGGAGUGAGCUUGAUUGUUGGUUUGAACUACCCAGGAUUUUGGUUUACUAAGUAUUUAUUAUUCUGACCUUAGAAUACUCCUACUUUGCAUGAGGAUGUCGCUAUACUGUAGUGUGCUGUGAAAUUUAAUUUGUCUCCUCCUUUAGGUGUUCAUUUUCAUUUGUUUGUCUGUGCCGCUUAGUCAUUUUUUUAACUCCUCUCCAUCCUUUUCCCAGCUAGGUUUCUGUGUAUAAUCCUCCCACUUCUCCUAACCUAUAAUUUAAUCUGGAUGUUUAUUUUAUAAUUUAUUAUUUUGGUGUGAUUUUCUUUGAUGCGUAUUUUAGUUUUAGGAUUUCUUUCAUCCCAUUUGUAUUAUUUGCAUUAACCAUAUAAACUAUUUGUUCAUGUUACUUCUUAAGUUUGGUAGCCGCAUUUUACUUUGGCAAGCAUGUGCAUAGUUCACACUGAGUGUUUGCAGAGACCCAAAGGUGAUGGACAGUCAUCAUACCCAUUGUGUUUUUAAACGUAUUUUUAAAAUUGGAUGUAUGUGACAUUUAUUUUAAGCCAUUCAUUAAUGACUUACUUCCUUUGCCCGUAGUGCUUUAAUGAUCACCUAAGCUGCUCCUUUACAUAGUUUAAAAUCAUGUUACUUAAUAUAGGAGCCCUUUUUUUGAAGAAAGGAUUUUACUAUCAUCACACCUAAAUGAACUGCCUUUUCAUAGGAUCGCCUUAUGAAGAGGAUAGGUUCCUAGAAAUCUUAAUGUUAUAGAGAUUCUGAUACUGUGUUAUAGUAAAAUAUUGUAUCCGCGGAAGUCUGUCCCGUGUUUUAAUUUCAUAUGAAACUGCUAUGUUCUCUUAUAUGAAGGUCCUUACAAGGCUUUUCUUUGAAUUUGGAUACAUAGUCAUACGUUUAAAAUUAUAUAAGAGCUUGUGUUAUAGAUUCUCAUUAAGUAAGCUGCUGCUGCUUAUAAUUGAAAAAUUUUUGCCAUUUGGUUAGUAUAUUAGUAUAUUAAAGGACAUGACAAGGUGAAGUUUGCCUAUUCAGAUCUUUAAGUAUCAGUAGUUAACAUGUAGAUAUUAUGUGUUUCCCAUGUAGCUACGAUCAUCUAGAAAUUUUGAUCUUCUAAUGUUUGGUGAAGCAUUUCUUGACAUUGAUGUGCACCUGUGUCCUUUUCCAAAUCAUGCUACUAGUUAGGCAUGCUCAGUUAACAGCUUUCUUAUGAUUUGUGUGACAGUUCAUCUUUUUUGGACACUGUAUUUUGAUUUCUUUGCCCAUUUUGAGAAAUAUCUGUUUAAAAUAUGCCUACUAGUUCAGUUAGGAGAAUUAUUAGUAAAAUUUUUAUUAGGAGUAAUGGCAUUUUUAUUAGAAAUAAAUAUAAAAAAUUACUUCACCAGGCUGAAACACUGAGGAAUAAAAGCAGGGAGAUCCAGGAGACUUUUUAAAAAAUGAGAUAUUUAAAACCAGAAAACUUAACUAUAGUUUUGGUGACCUCAGUACAGUUUUCAACUUGAGAUAUGUAACUGCAAAUAGGAAAAAGCUAUAUGUAAUAUCUAUAAGCCCUUGUAACUUUAGGUUACAUGCAUUACAGUAAAAUAAGCUGUUUCAAAGUGUUAACUUAAAAAUUCAUACCUGAGAUACAUAUAUAGAUAGAAUUAUAAAAUUAGAAGACUGUAUUAGUGCAUUUGUACACUUCUGAGUUGUGUUUGAAAAGGAUGAAACGGUGAGAGGAGAAGAAUGAAAAAUAGGAAAUUCAAGUUUAUUUCUGAAAAGUGUGGGAAGUGACUGUGUGGGUGGAGCUACUCUUUCAACAGUCUCUUAGUCUCGCUCUUUUUGAGUAUGCUCUACUGAACUUUUCUUUCCUCUGCAUAAUAGUCUGCAGUCGAAGUCAAGGUUAGUUUCUGUCUGGACCUUUCUGAAUUCUCCCCCUUCCUCAAAUUCUAAGUUUUGCAAACUUUUAGGCCUCUGCAAUAUAGUUUUAUACCCCAGAUAUAAAGUCCUGUGACACAUAAAAAACAAUAUUAAAAAUACCCUAUUUGGUAAUAGCUAGAAUAGGUUUAAUUCCAGUGAGCCUUUUAGAAUUUGAUUAUUUUAUAUUUCUAAGUAUUGUGAUUGGUAACAUUUCCUUAUUAUUGGUGAAAUACAUUGAACCAAUAAAUAUUUUAGUUCAUUGUUCUUAUCUUCACCAUAAAUUGCAGAGUUAAUCAAAAGCAUCUUGUAUGCCUUCUUUUAAGGCAUUCUGUGCAAAGGUUCAUAGGAAUUUUGGUCAGUCUGUUAUACACCUUGUGUAACUGUUCACGUGAACAGUUUUUAGUUUAACUCUUUAUUGCCUGAAUUUUGAAACAUUUCCUUCUCUCUGCCUUAUUAAGGAGCAGCCUUAAUAAUACCCAAGUCCAAAUAUGUUGGUUGGCACCCACACUUGUGUCGAGAAGCACUUGUCAUCUGAUUGACAUAUGGGCCCUCAGCACUCCUAAGAAGGAAAGCCAGCAUCCAACACACAGGAAUUUUCCACCUAGGAACUUGAAAAGUUCUAAAAAGCUUCAAAAGCUUAAUUAAGGUUAUAUUCUAGUAUUUAGUCAUUAUGUCUUAUGUUCUAAAAAGAGAUACUGCUGAACUAAGUUAUCUUUCCAUAUAGAGUGGGAAAAUAUGGUGAUUCUGGUAUAUCAAUAGAUUAAAAAAAAAUCUACACACACAUCUUUCACCCUGUAAUAUUCAUUUUGGAGAAGUCUGUCUUAAGGAAACUAUGCUAAACACAGAGAAAAAUCCUAUGAAGAAAGGUAUUCAUCACUUUCAUUAUAGUCACCAGGAAAUGGAGAUAGCCACCAAUGGAAGAAUGAAAUGGAAUGCAGCUAUUUAAAAUGAUGUUUCCAUAAUUUAUGGAAAAGCCUUUAUGUAAUAGUAAGUUUUUGAAAGGAUGUAAAAUGAUAUAAACUGUGCAUGUUGUUUGCAGGUAUGUAAGAAAUACAUAGAAAAAGUCUAAAAGGAAGUAUCCCAAAUUUUAAUUAGUUGCCUUAGGUGAUAGAACUUUAGGUGAUUUUUUUUCCUUCCUGCUUUUAUUUUCCACGUCUUAUAAUGAACAUAUAUUACCUUUUUAAUGGUCAGAAAAAUAAACUUUAAGAGGAACAAAAAAGUAUGCAGUAAAAUAUUAUAAUUUAUUCUAAGAUGAUAUUUUUUGAGUCAUUUUGAAAGAAUUAUACUUUGAACUGUAGAAGAAUUAUUUUUGCUUGAGGUUUAGAAAUGAACUCAGGAGCAGCUUUAUGAAACUGUUACUCUGCUUCUGCUUGAGACCUGAAAUGACAAACAUUGCUUAGUUCCUGAUACUUACGGACAACAGGGUCCUAAGAUUGCACUAUUCUCUCUUCAGGUGUUGUCAGUUAGCUAAUUAGCAAAUGUGGCUUAGCCAAGGACGGGCAAAUGAGCCGUCCCUUAUAGAUGCUUUCUCUGUUAUAAAUGGAGCCUGGUCAGUGCAGCUUUUAAAUGCUCAUGGUGAAGACAUAAAAUAGUUCUCUAGGUAGCUUUCCGUGUCUAAAAGUGUCUUAAACAACUACUGUAAUGUUGAUGGAGUCAUUGAAAUGUAUUUUAUGAGUUAAUAGUUGCCUUAAGUUUUAAACUAGCUCUAUGUUGAGCAUGUGUCUAUAUUAUUUCUCAUGUAUUAGAUAAAUGGGAACUGUUGUUUUGCCUAUUGAAGGCUGUACUAUAGCUUGGGGAAAAUAAUAAUUACUAUCUGGAAAUGCAAAAGAAAACUAAGCAGUAAAGUCAGUCAGAAUAUAUUAUUUCGUGAUGGUAAUACUUAAUAAAAUACAACAGAGGGAGCUGUGUGAAACAGAUUCCAUACUUGAAGAAUAUUUAUGAGAAAUCGUUUUGCCUGAUUUUAAUGUGGUUACAGCUAGUUUAGUCCUAACCUUCUCCUUCCCCUAAAUUGAAAAAUAAAU